AAGGAGAGUAUGAUCACAGCAGCUCUGUUGUUUCUGUCCCCAGUGAGUACAGAGGUUUGGUGAAGCACACAGGAGGAUGUCACUGCGGAGCUGUCCGCUUCGAGGUCUGGGCUUCAGCAGAUCUGCACGUGUUCAACUGCAAUUGCAGCAUUUGCACAAAGAAACAGAACAGACACUUCAUUGUCCCAGCGUCGCGUUUCAAGCUGCUGCAGGGUGCUGACAACUUGACAACGUACACCUUCAACACACACCGUGCCCAGCACACAUUCUGCAAGACCUGUGGUGUUCAGAGCUUUUAUACUCCUCGUUCUAACCCAGAUGGUUAUGGAAUAGCUCCCCAUUGCCUGGAUGAUGGCACUGUGCAGAGCAUUAGCACAGAGGAUAUCAACGGCAAGGAAUGGGAGAAAGCAGUGAAGGAGCAUAAGACCAUCAGGAAUAUGUCAAAAACCUGACACAGCCUUCCAGGAGCUGAACUUGGAGCACUGCCAUGGAGUGCACUCUGGGAUUUCCUGGGUGAUGGUUGGUGAAGUCAAUCUCUACAUUACUGUUCUCUGUUUCUUAAAUAAAUCUUUCUAUGCUGACUGUCUCA